UUUCAUUCUAUGUUUUAAAAUUUCUCUUGUAUUUUCCUUCAGUGACUAUAUACCAGUAUUUUGCAUAUGGUAGCUAGUCAAUUAAUCCUUGUUAAGUAGUUAGCCAAUGAAGAAAAGACACUCUCAUGAUUGGUUCCAUUGGCAAAGCCAGAAUCUCCAGAUGGAACUCAGACUGGUCUAAAAUUUAUUCUCAGGGUUAUUUGACCCAGUCAAACUCUUUUCCUUUUCAUUUCUGAACCUAGUAAAGCCUUGGAAGGAAAUGGAGAGAGGGAACUUCAGCAGAAUCAUGGAAUUAGAACUUUGGGGCUUCCCCAGUGACCCUCAGCUAAAGAAGCUGCUUUGGGGAAUAUUUUUGGUCCUGGCCAUUAUCACUCUGAUGGGGAAUAUGACCAUGUUCUUCUCGAUCUGUGUGAGCUCAGAUCUGCACACUCCCAUGCAUUUCUUCCUGAAGAGCCUCUCCUUCUUGGAUUUUUGGUGCUCCUCAGGGAUCAUCCCCCAGUUCCUAGUGAACUUUUUAGUUGAGAAAAAGGUCAAUUCCUCCCUAGGAUGUAUGGCUCAAUUUUUUUAUGGUGGCUUUAUAAUAACAGAGUGCUCCCUCAUAGAUGCUAUGGCCGAUGACCACUAUGCUGCCAUCCAUAAUCCAGUACUCUACAAAUCUGUGGGUGUCUCUUUGGUUGCUGGAUCCUUUGUUAUUGGCUUUCUCAAUUCCCUCGUUCACACAAGCUGUAUCUUCAGUUUAAAUUUCUGUGAAGCACCUGUAAUCACUUACUUUUUCCUUGAUGCACCCCCAGUUUUGUCCCUGGCUUGUGAAGACACCUUUCUUUGUGAGAUUUUGCUCUUCAUUUUUGCAGGCAUCACUCUUCUGAGUACUACCUCCACUAUCUUGAUUUCCUUCUUCCUCACUAUCAUGAGAAUGAAUUCUAGUGAAGGAAGGUUUAAAGCUUUGUCCACAUGUGCCUCCCAUCUCCUAGCUGUCUGCCUCUUCUUUGGGACAUCUCUUUUCAUGUACCUUCAGCCACCUUCCAGUUAUUCCUUGAAUCAAGACUGCAUGGUUGCUCUGACAGACACAAUGGUUAUCCCAGUGUUGAAUCCCCUGAUCUAUUCUCUGAGGAACAAGGAUGUGAAGGAGGUGCUAAGGAAGAUCUGGAGAGGAAAACAAGAAUAG